AUGGAAGGUGCCUUCACGCAUGUAGGCAACCACCUCAUAUCCGACUCCGCCGCAGCAAUCAAAGCCGAUGCCGACGAUCUAUCUACACUGGGCCCCAAUGACAGCCUACUUUAUGGCAAGUAUGGUGAUGGCCGCAGUGGCCGCCGUCGCGCCGAUGAUGACGACAACCAGACCGAGGCGAUAGAGGAGGACGAAAAUGACAGCCUCAACAGUGUCGCAGUCGACGGUAUGAGGGGCCUAAAACUUAAAAACAGCGAGGAGGAAAAGGAACUUCCCCCUCAUGCUUGCGCAUAUUGCGGCAUUCACUCUCCUGCCUGCGUCGUCAAGUGCUUGACAUGCAACAAAUGGUUUUGCAGCGCGAGGGGCAACGGCACUUCGACCCACAUUGUCAAUCACCUGGUUCGAGCGAGACACAAGGAGGUUCAGUUGCAUCCCGAGUCCACGCUAGGGGACACCGUUUUGGAGUGCUACAACUGCGGAACCAAGAAUGCAUUCUUGCUUGGCUUCAUCCCGGCAAAGUCGGAUACGGUGGUUGUGCUUUUGUGCCGACAACCGUGCGCGUCUAGCACACCGAACAAGGACAUGAACUGGGACAUCUCUCGUUGGGAACCCCUCAUCACGGAGCGAGCAUUCCUAGAUUGGCUGGUCAGUGCUCCGUCUGAUGUCGAGCAACUCCGCGCACGCCAUCUUUCCCCCAAUACGAUUGCCAAGCUGGAGGAGAUGUGGAAAGUCGAGCCCAAGGCCACGGUUGCAGACCUUGAGAAGGCCUCCAACGUCGAUGAUGAUCCGGACCCAGUAUUGCUGCAAUACGACGACCCGUAUCACUACCAAAACAUCUUUGGUCCUCUGGUCAAGAUGGAGUCGGACUAUGACAAGAAACUCAAGGAGGCACAGUCCGAGGACGGUCUGGUCGUUCGAUGGGACUUUGGCCUCAACAACAAGCACCUCGUGAGCUUCAACCUGCACAAGAUCGAGUCUGGAGACGUCAAGCUUGCCGUGGGUGACGAAAUGAGACUUCGAUACAACGGCGAACUUCGUGAGCCUUGGGAAGGAGUCGGAUACGUCAUCAAGAUUCCCAACAGCCAGUCUGACGAGGUGUGUUUGGAGUUGCGCAAGACGGGAAAUGAGAAACACGUGCCGACGGAUCUGUCCCACAAUUUCUCUGCCGACUAUGUCUGGAAGGCUACCUCUUAUGACCGCAUGCAGCUGGGCAUGAAAACCUUUGCCGUCGACGACAUGAGUGUCUCUGGAUACAUUUUCCACACUCUUCUCGGACACGAAGUUCAGCUGCAGCCGAUGCAGUCCAAGUUUCCUAGGAAGUGGUCCGCCCCCAACCUUCCCGAACUGAACCAGAGCCAGGUGGAUGCCAUCAAAUCUGUACUGCAGAAGCCUCUCAGCCUCAUUCAGGGACCUCCCGGCACGGGCAAGACUGUCACCUCGGCAACCAUCAUCUACCAUCUUGCCAAGAUGAGCGGCAACCAGGUGCUCGUGUGCGCUCCCUCCAACGUGGCUGUAGAUCAGCUCUGCGAGCGAGUCCAUCGCACAGGGCUCAAGGUGGUUCGCCUGACCGCCAAAUCUCGGGAGGACGUCGAGUCCUCGGUGACCUCUCUGGCCCUGCACGAGCAGGUCAGGUCGGCAGAGCACAACAGCGAGCUUGUCAAGCUGUCGCAGCUGAAGAAUGACGUGGGAGAACUGUCUAGUCAAGACGAGAAGAAGUUCAAACAGCUCACCAAGGCUGCCGAGCGGGAGAUUCUCAACAACGCAGACGUGGUCUGUUGUACUUGCGUUGGUGCUGGCGACCCUCGUCUUUCCAAGAUGAAGUUCCGAAACGUGCUCAUCGACGAAUCUACGCAGUCGGCUGAACCGGAAUGCAUGAUCCCACUUGUGCUUGGCUGCAAGCAGGUUGUACUGGUGGGAGAUCAUAAGCAGCUGGGCCCCGUCAUCAUGAACAAGAAGGCAGCCAAAGCCGGCCUGAACCAGUCCUUGUUUGAGCGCCUGAUCAAACUGCAGCUGGCGCCCAUCAGGCUCACCACGCAGUACCGAAUGCACCCGUGCCUCUCCGAGUUUCCGUCAAACAUGUUCUACGACGGCAGCCUGCAGAACGGCAUCACACAUGAGCAACGUCUGAGAAAGGAUGUCGACUUUCCCUGGCCAAAUCCCGAGACUCCGAUGAUGUUCUGGUCGAAUCUAGGCCACGAAGAGAUUUCCACCUCGGGAACAUCCUAUCUCAAUCGCACCGAGGCGUCCAAUGUCGAGAAGACUGUUACCCGGUUCUUCAAGGCAGGUGUAAAACCGUCCGAGAUUGGCGUCAUUACCCCGUACGAAGGCCAGAGGAGCUAUAUUGUCACGACGAUGCAAAAUUCCGGCACCUAUAAGAAGGAGUUCUACAAGGAAGUUGAGGUCGCGUCCGUCGAUGCCUUUCAGGGUCGCGAGAAGGACUUUAUCGUUCUUUCCUGUGUUCGAUCCAACGAAAACCAAGGCAUCGGCUUCCUGUCCGAUCCUCGCCGCUUGAACGUGGCUCUUACUCGUGCUAAAUACGGCCUGGUAAUCUUGGGUAACCCCAAGGUUUUGUCCAAGCAUGAGCUCUGGCACAACCUGCUUGUUCACUUCAAGGACCGCAAAUGCUUUGUGGAGGGACCGCUCACCAACCUGCAAGCAUGCCUCUUGCAGUUCAGCCGCCCCAAGGUCAGUUUCCGCCAAAAGAACAACAGCAGCCACAGCAGCAGCAGCAGCAGCAGCAACAACAACAACAACCACCACCACCACCACCACAACAACAACAACAACACCAGCAACUACUACGAUUCUCACUACGGUGGCGGAGGAUAUGCAAACGGCAGAUUCAACGGUGGCGGACCGUCUGGGAGGGACUUUGACUCGGGAUCGAUGGUGUCUUAUAUUCCCGACGACGUGUCCUCCAUCCAAGGGUCCGCUUUCGGGGGUACGGCCUUGAACAGCGCGUUCCCGCCCAUGUUUUCCAGCUUUACGCCCGAGCAGUGGCCUGGUCUCCCUGGCGUAUCGGCGCCCGGACGUGGUCACAAGGGCCGUGGUCGUGCAACGGAGAGCGUUGCGGGCGAGAGCGUGGCCAAUUCUGAGCUCACCGACGCCACUAGCAGCGUGAUUGGCGGUAAAGGGGUUGGGCAGGGUGGUGUCAGCCUGGGCGCCGGCCUGCACGACGCGGUCACGGGGAUGCGGCCGGUUUCGUACACGCAGAGCGACAGGCUGAAGCAGUACGUCGAGAGCAACGGGCGUAUGGCACCGGGCAGCGGCUUCGGCAGGCGAUAUGACGAUGAUGAGAAGAGCGUCAGCACUGCUUUUCAUAGUCAGAUUGGCAGCGGCUACGACUGA